AGAAGGCUUCUAAAACAAAGUUAUGAAAAAUUAGUCUUUAAUCUGGCGAGAGGUGUACUUGAUUACACUUGAUACGUGGAAAGCGAUAUAAAUACCCCGAUCGUGAUUGCCGUGAUAUCGCGUUUCCCAAAUAAAAUGAUAAGCCGGCUAAUGUUCCACGACACAAUUCGAAUGGCCAUCGUUUCUCGGAUUGAUCGAUGCGUCAAGAUCAAAAGAUCAGAGGAUCAUUUUACAAUAAAAUAUACCGAGCUAAAAAUGUUUGGGAACACUCGUGUGUUGUUUUGCGGUGGAAAGCCGAUCCUGCGGUUUGCAUGACGAAACACAUAUCGCGUAGUUUAAUUGCGGAUUCACCGUCUGACAGGUGAAACCUGAUAAUACUGUCCUAGAAUAUAUAACUGUUUGCAUAAAUCUGCCACUUGUAAUCGUGACUUGUUGCAAAAACAAUUAAAUGCUUGAUAUAAGAACGGAAGGAAUAUCGAAUACAGGCGUCAGUUGCACCGAAGUUUCUCUUUGAUACUACGUGUGAUUCACCUUAUAUAAUUCAUUAUAAUAUUAAAAUAUACAUGUUUCCAUACCAUUAGUUUUAUUAUGGUUAAGUCCACGGAAGAACUGACGAGGUGCAGCACAGGGACGUUGGCGGAAGUAGUAGUGGAAAAUAACAGUGACAAACACACGACGACUCAAACUGUACGCAGGAAGAUCAUGGGAGUUUGCAAGAAGCUCACGCAUUGGGUAGUCCUGAUGGACCUGCUCUUCCUGGCAUCAUUGGCCAUAACCUUGGGUGUUUUGGAGUUUGGUGCAAUUCCAUAUAAACAGUUGGGCUUCUUUUGCAAUGACCCGAAGAUCUCGUUCAAAUUCACCGGCGACACCAUCUCCAUGGCUUUACUGUUAAUCAGUGUCUUCACCAUACCUUUGAUAGUAAUAUGGAUCGUGGAAUAUACCUGUUAUUCCGACGACAAUUACGAAAACAAUCUGGAUUAUAACGGUUCCAGAUCAAAAUAUGUUUGGACUUGGUACCGCCAAUACGUCGUAGUCUCGAUCGUGCUUUGUGUCGUCUGCGAAUGUUUAAAAAUCUUGAUCGGCGAGCCGCGACCACAUUUUCUCGACACGUGUAGACCACGUGAAGCAGUUAACUGCACCAAUGAAUACUUUCACUCUUAUACCUGUACAAAUACAGUGAACUCAGCAUAUUUCGUCAUGGACGCCAGUAGGUCUUUCCCGUCCGGUCACGCGGCCACAUCCGUCUGCAUGAGUAUCUUUCUGGUGUGGUACCUACAGAAUCGCCUGCGUACCCGGAUGAUGUACUUCAAGCCGUGGCUGCAGUGCCUGAUGUGCGUAUGGGCUGUGGUGUGUUCCGCGACCAGAGUCAGCGACAACCGGCAUCACUGGUGGGACGUUGCUGCCGGCGUCGUUCUGGGCAUUAUGUUUAGCACAUUCCUCGUGGUAAUCUGCCAAUAUUUCCGUGUCAACUCCACCAACGACGUCAUCGUGGGCAUGAAGAAGGUGGCGAACGAGGCCGACAACAGGCAGAUCAACUUCGCUGAGAAGUGACGUCGCGGCGUCGAUGCAUCGGCGCACCGAAAGAACGCCGCGAUCGUUUGGAAAAAAUGUAUCGGAAAAAAUAUUGCCGCGAGUGAUCUGAGGGACUGACAAGAACCGGAGAAACUUGGGAACCUGGAGAAUCCCCGGUGAGUCGCGACAUUCGAAUUGCUCAUUUUGGGGAGGAGCAUCUCGUACUAUCUGCGAGAAUCAGCCGAUGGAUUCUCACUGUGUGCGAUGCUUUUUCUCUACGUUUUUCUAAAUGCAUUUUUUUUAAACGUGCGUUUACGUUUAGCGUGUUGAUAACAUGAGAGCGGAACGUUUUAGAAUUAUCAUUCAAUAUCAUUCAAUAUCUUGUAGUUCCUGUAUUACCCCGAGAAAUGAGAAUUUCGAAGUGACUGCUCCGGCGAUCACCGAUUUGAUUCGAGUCGAAUAAUCGUGUGCAGAAAACAAUACUCGGCUCAUGUAAAUGAUUUUUAAUUAACUUUCCUCUAUUUUCCGGCCUUGUUGGGAAAAUCUCGGUUGUAAAAUUUUGUAAAUAAAAUUUAGUAGGAGGUUCCUGUAGUUUUCAGUCGAAUGUUCUGACGAACGUUCUCAGUCACGAUGACGAGGAUAUCGAGCCAUGACUUUUCGUCUGAUCCCUAUUCAAUUACACGAACUGAGAUCUUUUACCGCGCGGACAUCAAUGUUUCUUCCGAAAUAUAAUGUAUCGAUCGUGAAAUCGCACGAAACUUACUUUUAUAUUAAUUUACAAAGCGCUCAGCGUAGGAUAAUGGUACUAUUUUACAUUCCGUUGAAAUGAGAAACGCACAUAUCCAAGUCUCGGACGCUUCGAUCGCGAGGCGUUAAAAAUGUAACGGAGAUACGUUGAAGUGUAGAUGCCACUGUUGACUGACUCGCAUAGCUGUGAGGUAGGGAUUCCCCGGGGUUUAAUAAUCGAGUCGCGAUUAGCUGGAGAGAAUGACGCUUCAAUGAGAGAGAUGACUUAGUAAUCAUCCUCCUGGCAUUUAAUUGCUCAUGCGACUUCUCUAAUAAACGAGCUCCACUCGUUCUUAUCAUUCAUUUACACUUAGCAGAGAAUGCAUUAUGUAGAUGUCCUCGUUUUAGUCUUUCGAUGCACUUUGCAACUCGGAACAGAGGUAAGACGUGCGUAGUCUUUUAAUCUCUCAUGUAUAAUUGUAUGACAAACAGUAUAAAAAAAUCAUAGUCGCGUUACAAUCGUUAUUUUACCCGAUUAUAUACGAUAUAUUAUACAAUAUACAGAGUGCAAUAUAGAAAAAAAUCAUGACUUACAGAGUAGUAGUAUUCGUUAUACUAAAGAAUAUUUUGUAGACAAUCGAAAAAUCAAUCCUUUCAGAAUUACAAGUGCUUUUCAGUUUUGAUCACACAAGUUGUACUUCCAUUGUGAUCCACUGUUUCUCUCUACUAUCAGUGAUUGCAGUGUUGCAAGAGACGUUGGUAGCAAGAAUCCUCUCCAUUAUGUCAUCUUAUUAUUCUAAUCAGGAAAUGGCAAACAUGCGUUUUAUGUAUGGCCUUGCCAAUGGAAAUACUCUAACUGCACGACGUUUCUAUGCAAAAUUUUCUAUCUAAAUCAGAAAAUUCUAUAAUACGAAGAUAUCAAGCGUGCGUAGAAUGGAUGGAAGACAUAUAUGGCAUUUUUUGUAAAAUAAUAACAAAGUAAUAAUAUAGCAUAUUCAUUCAUCACACGUUUCAUCAGUGAAAGCAGACAAAUAAUUUUCGUUACCAAAGCCAAAAAAUAUUUAUAAUUCUGAAAGAGUUGAUCUUUCGACCUAUGUUUACUAAACAUUUUUUACUUAGUAUAAUUAGUAUACUGCCUACCCUGUAAGUUAUGAAUUCUUCUUUUGAAUAUUCUAUAUAUAUACAUAUGUAUAUAUUAUAUAUAUUAUAUGUAUAUAUAUAUACAUAUAUACAUUAUAUGUAUAAAUAUACAUAUAAUAUAUGUGUCGGUUUGUACAUAGUGGAUUCUGUAACAAUUUCAGCUUUUUUAUGUGUAAUGUAAUGAUUGUACUUUUUAUGUUAUUAUAAUUUUAUGAAUUAAUACACAUGAAAAUCAAAACGGUGUACACAUUAAUUCAUGAAGUUUUAUAACGAUAUAAAAUUAUGAUCUUUUUAUUCAAAUAAUCUGAAAUUAUAUAUUACAUACACAAACAUACACAUAUAUAUACAGUACCUUCCAUAAAGUUUGGAAACGCAAAUAAAACUAAGGAUAUUAAAAUGGAUAUUUUAUAAUAAUUCUGUUUCGCAUUUACCUUUAAAAGAUUGGCAUUUAUGUCAUUUGAUAGAGCGACGUUUCAAGUUUAAGAAUUCACUUUCUGUGUAUUGCUGUGUAAUGAAAUUUAAUGGAGUCAUGAGCAACUAGAUUCAAAAUGCUCAAUUUUACUUUAACCCUUAGUAAUACGGAAACACAAAAUUGUAGAGAAAUUUUUUCAUAAUGUAAAUUGUAUAGAAAAUUUCAAUCUUUUACACGGAAGAAAUUAAAAUUUUCUUAGAUUUUCCUUGCGUUUGUGGCAUAUCUCAAAUUGAGAAAAAAGUUUUGUCUAUUUUGUUUUCAUAAAGAUCACAUUACACUAAUAAUUGACCAUUGACGAUUGAAGAUUAAAUUUUGACGAAUCAACGAGCUUCAGGCUUGGUUUCCUUUGUUCUAAUUGGUUAGUUUCAAUCGCCAAACACCAAUCGCUAAUGUAAUUUGGCCUUUAUGAAAACGAAUGGACAAAAUGGAAAAUUUUCUUCUCAAUUUGAGACAUGCCACGAACGCAAGAAAAAAUCUGAGAAACUUUUUAAUUCCUUUCGUGUAAAACAUUAUGAAAAAAUUUCUCUACAAGUUUAUGUUUCCGUAUUACUAAGAGUUAAAGUAAAAUUGAACAUUUUGACUUCGGUUGCUCAUGAGUCUGUUAAAUUUCAUCGCAUAGCAAUACAGAAAAUGGAUUCCUAAACAUAAAACUUCGCUCUAUUAAAUAGCAUAAAUGCCGAUCUUCUAAAGGUAAAUGCGAAACAGAAUUAUUAUACAAUAUUCAUUUUAAUAUCCUUAUUUUUAUUUGUAUUUCUAAACUUUUGGAGGGUAUUGUACAUACACACACGUGUGUGUGUGCGCGCGCGUGUUUGUGUGUCAGCAAAUGCAAUUUUCCUGUUUAGAUAGGAAGAUGAUCAAAUGAUGCAUCGGAAGAUUAAGUCGAUCACAGCGAGAACGUAGUUGUCGAGCUCGACUAGGGUGGAAUUUGAUUUACUCGCGCAAAUUUUUAAAGGUCUUGACUAUUUCCGCGGAUAUACAUAUACUGCAGACCUUCGAUUUACAUUCCGAAAUGCAACUUUCACAUAUACGUAUUCUCCGUUAAUAGUUACUAUCGAUAUGAGAUUCUUGAUAUAUUUAAGCCGUACAAUCUCGCCGUACAAUCGCGUGGAAGGUUGUGCGCGGGUGUAAGAACGAAACGACGAGUGCGCGACGAAGGCAUUUACGCAAUCGACGUCGCGGGAACAAGACGGACGCCUGUACAGUUAGAUAGAUCAGACAAAUGGAAUACGCGCGACGGAUUACACAAACAGACUUCGGAUCAUUGAAAUCUCGUUUUAUUGUCCCCGGUGUCCGUCACGUAGGCGACUGACACACGUCGUAAAGCCCGAAUCAGACUAGCGAUUGACAAUUGGCGAUUGACGAUUAGUUUUCAACCAAUUAAAGCAAAGUAAUUGUGCUGUUCUAAUUAGUUAAAUCGCUAAUUGUCAGUCGGCAAUCGCUAGUCUGAUUCGGGAUUAAAGGGGCAUAAGAAGGCGAGCUUUUAGAUUAGCCGCAAAACUGCACUCUUCUCUUAACGACGAAACGAGGAACAUUCACGAAGAGAAGAGUAAUAGAGAAAGAGACACAUGUGUCAAAGACGCAAAUCUCUCUUUCGCGACGAAUAUUUUCCGAUGAUAUUGAAUAACGUGCGUAGGCGCGAAGUAUAAUAAAGUAUUACCUGUCAAAGUUAUGGACCAUAAAUACGAGCAAUGUUUAUACGACAAUGCAACCGCACGGGUAUAAUGAUAAGUUACGCGAUAUUAAAGCGAUUACAUCUCGACGAGAGGUGCACUUUAGCGCUGUCGAUUGUAGUUUUUACGUACGUGCCUGCCUUCUCUCCCACUCCGUUCAACGUGAUACCUCCACGUGGUCACGCAGUGCGAAAUUGUAUAUAUUGUAAAAAAUGUCAUAUUUAAUGGUUCGUAAAAGGGAGAGGUAAAAUAGCAGUGGGUAUUAUUUAAUUAUUUAAUUAGUCUAUACAUACGAAGCAGCGACGUGCGAUCACGUUUAUGGAUUUUCUGCUAUAAUUGUACAGUAUCUUUAGUAUCGUUAGUGUAGUACCUCAUCUGGAUAGGACUCAGCCGAUCUCGAGGCAACGUCCUCUUUCGUAACGUCGCGAAUGGCAAUAUUAUUUGGUGCUUUUCAUGUACUCUUAUUGCACCUUGCGUAAAUCGACCAAAUCGCUUGUGACACGAUAAAAUUCAAAUAAAAUUAAUAUUUUACAGUA